AAAACCGGAUGGCUGGUUAGGGGUUGAUGACCCUUCGUGAACGCCGAAUAUUGUGUGUAAAUGAUGAAGAAAUUAGGGUCAGUAAUGUGAAAUCCCUAUAAAUGGAACAAUUUUAAACUUCCAUUUUUAUUAUUAUUAUUUUUUUUAUAGCAAAGCGUUAAUUUAGAACUGUCUGUGAGAAAAUCUUGUGGAAGAUUACGGUUGAGCACCCCUAGUUACGUAAUGGGUUAGUUCAUCAUUACUGUACAGCGGAAGGAGGAGGACGUCAAUAUACAACAGCGUAUUUAUCCCACCAGGAGAAAUUCAUACUAUGUGGCUACCUAGUUAACUACCAAGUUAAAAAUCCACGACACAGUGCAAGCAUAGAUGACAUCCCACCCCUCUAAACAGACCAACCACUUCAACUUUAAACAAUUCUCUCAUCCAACAUCCCAGUCCUCUCUUCAAUGCCUAACAGUGGGGAUAGUUCAGGACCUAAUGUAUCUGGGAGUCAGCCAGGCGACCAGGCUAUGCCCUUGUCCCAGCGACCCCCACCCCCUGACAGAGAGGAUGACCAACGCGGCCUGCUGACCACUCUCACCCGGGACUCCCUGAGGACCCGGAGAGCCUCCAGUGCUGAGCUCCAGCUCCCAUGGACCUGCCCUGUCACUCACUCCAGAGAGAAGUUCUACACAGUCUGCUCAGACUACGCCCUCCUCAACCAGGCUGCCUCUCUCUACCGGCUCCCCAGCACCCCCAGAGAGGUGGCCCACAGCAAGCAGGAUGGCAGCGGGGCCCCAUUAGUGAAGUCCAACACUGUGGACCUGUCUCAGGGUCAGGGGCAGCCUGCAGGUGUAGAGGAGGCUUCAGACGAAGACUUUGACAUGGAGGGGGUGUCCUGCAGCAACACCAAGCCUAUCCUGGCUUGGGAGAUUGAUACCACUAACUUUGAUGCUGUGCUAACUCGAAAGCCCAGGACAAGCAACAUAAAGAGAGUUGGUACGAAGAAGAUGAAGUCUUCAGGGGGCAGUAGGAACCUGCAGGACCUUCCUCUCCACGCCUCGCAGGACGAGAUCAAACAGAGGAAAGUCCUGGACCUCAGGAGAUGGUACUGUAUCAGCCGCCCCCAGUACAAGACGUCAUGUGGGAUAUCUUCAUUAGUUUCCUGCUGGAACUUUCUGUACAGCACACUAGGAGCAGGGAGUCUCCCACCCAUCUCCCAGGAGGGGGCUCUUCAGAUCCUAGGCUUUCAGCCUCCUUUUGAGGAGAUUAAGUUUGGUCCCUUUACAGGCAACGCUACUCUGAUGAGAUGGUUCAGGCAAAUCAAUGACAAUUUUCGUGUCCGAGGAUGUUCCUAUAUUCUGUACAAACCCCAUGGGAAACACAAGACAGCGGGGGAGACUGCUGAGGGGGCGUUGUUGAAGUUGACCCUGGGGUUAAGAGAUGAAACCAUGGCCUAUAUUUACCACUGUCAGAACCACUACUUCUGUCCUGUGGGCUUCGAGGCCACACCUUUCAAAGCAGCCAAGGCCUACAGGGGUACAUUACCAACAAAUGAAAUGGAACACUGGAUCCUGAUUGGUGAACCAAGCAGGAAACACCCUGCUAUUCACUGUAAAAAGUGGGCUGAUAUUGUUACAGAUCUGAACACACAAAAUCCAGAAUACCUUGAUAUUCGUCACACGGAGAGGGGAAUUCAGUGCCGCAAAACCAAAAAGGUGGGAGGGAAUCUUCACUGCAUCAUGGCUUUCCAGAGGGUCAACUGGCAGAAGCUAGGCCCCUGGGCCCUCAACCUGGAGAACCUGAGGCAUGACCUCCACCACCAGGGGUCUGAGAGGGCCCAGGGGGGCUUAGCAGAGGUCCAGGAGGACAGGGAGAAGACCUCAGGAAAACACCAGGCUUUGGCCCGGCUAGGCCGCUCCAACAGCACAGGUACCAGUAACCAGAAGGACGUAGCUUGGAAACACCUGUCUAACACCACAGAGUACCGACACAGGAGCUCACCUGAGAGCGAUGUUGAAGAAGAUACCACAGAUGACUGAGAUUCAAUGAGAAGGCUGUGAAGUUAGUGCUGCUAAAAUAUACUGGUUAGUAUAUCAAAUGUUCUCAAUAGUUUUUCACCAAAAAAAAAAAGAGAGACGAAAGUGUAGUUUUACCCCGUCUAGCAUCAUCCAGAU